AUGAUCCAAAUACAAGAGCCAGUGGUCCUCUACAAAAUCCGCUCCAUUGAUAGGCAACGAUUCUUGAUUGACCGACCAACGGUCGCCAUGAUUGGCCGAUUGGAUGAAUUCUUCAUGAAUGCCGGAUUGGACCUGAUCCCCGCUGACGACCUCAACGCUGUACAACUCGAGGUGUCUGCCCCAGUGCUCCGCAAGGUUAUUGAAUGGUGUGACCAUCACAAAUUCGAUCCACCACACGACGAGGCUCGAGCUGGAACCGGCGACAUGUCUGAAUGGGAUACCAACUUCUUUAUGGUGAGACACAGUGUGCUGUUCGAAAUCAUCAGGGCCGCUAGGGACUACGAUAUUCCUGGGCUGUUCGCCAUGUGCUGCCAAAUCGUUGGGCAGAAUCCAGAGGUGGUUAUGGCUGGAUUGUUGGAUGAUGACGAUGACGAUGCUGUUGGUGGAGUUUUCCGCAUGCGAGUUCAACAAAAUGCUCCAGCUGCCUAA